GAUUUAUCUGUAAAAAGAUAUGUAAACUUUUUUCUAGAAGAUAAAGGUAGGAUGUAAUUAAUUUGUGAAAUUAAUACGAAGGAAAUAUUGAGAAAUUAUUUGCGAAAUCGGCAGCUGUGUAGUUAUCGGAAAAAUGAUAUCUAGUGAAAUUCUAAAAAUCAGCUGCAAUGAUUGCAUCGGCAAAUUUUUAAUCAUUUGUAUUGUCACCGCUAUCGUAUUUCUCAAUAUUCGAUAUUGCGGAUAAGAUAUUUGACCGAGCAAUUAGCUAAUGUUGAAACGUCAAGAUAACCAUACUGACUCAGAUCACACAAAUAUAUCACGUGAAUGAGAUAUGAUUGAAUCCGCUUUCGCGAUAAUUGCACUCGAAACGCUCAAACAUACUCUCGACAAGAUCACCUGUCAGAGCAACUCGUGAAAUCAUAGGUUACAUGAAAUUUAUGUUUUAAAAUACAAAAAAAAUGAAGAUGAUAAAUUAUAACGAAAGAAAGUUACCAUUGGAUAUGAUCGCUAUUAAUUAUUAAGAUGAAUAAAUGGUUUCAAGAAAAUGUACGAUAUAAUAAAAAGAGAAGAAAACGCUGAGUCCUCCGUGAAAUCAGGAGGUUAAUGAAAAAUAGAUACGAGCGUUUAAAAUAAGAUUUUUUAAAUAAACCGUACUAUCGAUACAGAUUUUAUUUGAAAUAUGCAAUAAUAAUAGAACAAAAUUAAUACUACAUACUUCAUUUGAAUAUUUAUCAAAUCCAGAUACAAAUUUGACAGAAACUAACGAAAGAUGAGAAAGAAAAAUUGUAAAGAUCCUGUAUGUCCAACAAAUCGACACCCUCCAAGGUACUUGAAAAUAAUUGUAAAAGUGGUAUGAAUAUUUUUCAUGCAAAGAUUGUAUCGUUUAAGGCAUCGCACUACGAGUAACAGCAAAUCAAAGGAUCGAACAACUACAUCAAGAAAACGCAGUCGCGCAACGAGUUGUAGAAAGUACUUUAGAUAAUCUUUGCGUUGCAUUUUUUUUUUUUUUUUAUGAUUUUGCAACUUCAACAAUUAUUUUCUUAUGGUUAUGCGACGAAGAUAUAAACUACAUGAUUUAUAAAUAAAAAGGUAUGUUCUACGAAUAAAGAUUUUCAUUUGAUUUCCAGCAAAAUGUGCCAAGCUUCGAGAUCGACCGUAGAAAGUUCAACAUCGAUGUCGAGGACACGUACAAGAAGCAGAGAAUCGAUAAAAUCAUGCAGAUCGAGGUCGAUCUGUUGUAGAUCGCGCAAAAAAAGAGUCUGCCACUGUCGCAGAAUACGAGAAGCUCGCAAGCAAGCAAGUCCGCCAAGAAAGAAAAAGCGCAUAAGAUCUCGAUGUAAAACGUUGAAAAAGAACCAAACGCCUCUCUGUAUAUGCGUCAAAGGAUCCAGUUCGCAAGAUCUAAGGAAGAAUUGCAAAUGUCCAUCGACGACGUGCCCAAUGCUUUCAAAAUAUGAUGAUUGUUGCUGUAUAAGAAAGAAGAGAAAUAGAAGCAAGAAAGGAAACAAUCCAAAAAAUAAUCCAAGAAACAAUCCAAAAAACGAUCCAAAAACUAAUGCAAAUUCAAAUCCUGGAAGAGGAAGAUCGGCACGACAAUGUCACUGCGAAUCACCUACAUCAAAUCCAAAGAGAAACAUAUUUGCAAGAGGACUAUCCAAUUUACGUAGGAAGCUACAACAAUUUGAACUUCCUUUCCGUCGGUAUGAAAAACUAAUAUGCAAUGGUAAUAAUCGAACAAAUAUGUCUAUUAAUAUUUUGGUUUCAAACCUAGACAUAAUAGGAAACAAACAUGCAGAACAUGCACCGACCGAUGCAACUCGAGAGUUUCUUCAAAGAACCGAAGUCAAAACGCGCCAGAGAGGAGGAAAGUGAAAUUCUGCAAAUAAGGGUAACAAUGAAUUGGUAUUUCUGAUAAAUGUUUCGUUUGUAUUUGCUUACAAAAUCAAUGUAAGUGCUCGAAGACUCGAUGAACAAGCGAAUGGAUUUUGUCGUGCUGGAUAUCUCUCGCGUGUUUCAGAAACACGCUGAAUUAUACAUACAAGAAGGCGUAGACGAACGAGCUGACCCACAGUUAUGAUUCGUAGGCUCGAGGCGAGAGAAAAUUGUUCGUCACGAGUCUUUUGCAUGUUGCCAGAACAUUCGCCAGCAUUGUAACGUAUACAGUUACAGACAAGUGAUUAAUAGUGAUCGAAAAACGCCUGCGUAGUAUCGCACGACAAAAACCACUCGUUUGCAUCGGGACUGAGAGAUAUCUUCGAUUUACGAGCUAAUGGCUUGUACGCUUAAUAAUUAAGUAAUGCGAAUAUAAAUUAUAAAUCGAUAAAUCAUACGAAGGUAUUAAGCAGCGUCCAGUGAGAAUCAUUUUUUGCAAGACCUUUGACGAACUAAGAAUCUGCUUUAUGCUAAGAAAAAAGAAAAAAGAAGUACAUCGCCAAGCGGAGCAUAUAAUAUGAACGACAAGAACAAUGAACAAUCUAUUCGAUACUUUUAAUUACGUCAACCAAUACUAUUCAAUCCAAGAUACGAUACACAAAAAUAUAAAAAUGAAAUGAGUGUUUAAAUAUUAACAUAUAUCUUUUAUUUUUACGAUAUUAAAUAGUCCAUAUGCAUAAAGAAGUUUCGUACAUAUCCGUAAGAUACUGUUUUAUAAGUAUUCUAAAAUCUAUAAACCUGAGCUUUGAGAAUUUCAAGAUCGUUUUUUUUUUUCAAAUUAAUAUUCUUCUAACAAUUAAAUCUAUAAUCUGACAC